AUGUUUCAUUUAAUUUGUUUAGCAAGUUUUUCUUUAAUUUGUAUAUUUCUCUCAUCGAUAAUUAUUGUUGAUUGUCAUCUUCUUAUACACGAAUCAAAUGUUUGGAUCCCAAUUUUCAACAACAGUUUACUAACUCCUUAUUUCUUUUACACUGAAAAUCAUUUUUACCCUACUAAUUAUUCAAGUCGAGUUCUCAACACGGACCCUAACGCAGUUGGUGAAGAAAGUAGCGUGACUCGUUUUGCUCCAGCUUAUUCUCGUAGACCCAAUAGCUUCAUAUUGCAAAGCAAGAGCAGCGCCGAUUUCGCUCAUUAUGAUUAUAUUCCAGAAAAUGUUUUUGAACUGAUAGCCGGGCCCUUUUCUGCAGGAUCACUAAAUGCUCAUCGGUGGCUCUCCAUUAGUGAUUCAAUUUAUGCAAUCGGAAUGAUGCCAGGAUCCAAUAUAACGAAUUCGCGAGCUAAUUUAUUCGCAUUUGUUCAAUCUAAUGGCAAUUCCAUUAAUUGGACGAUUUAUGGACAUAAUCCCGUCGAAUCCACCGUUCGCUCGUUUCAAAUUCUUCAAACCUUCAAGUUUAAGGAAAACUUUUACUCGUUCGGCCUUCUAACAAUUGACCUCCUAAGGCCAGUCUACUUCAUCUCUCAGAUAUCAAACUUUUUAAUAAACCUGGAAGUUGACAGGUUACAUAGAUAUUUUUACUCUGAACUUCAUUCGAUUUCAUUUUAUGAACGUUAUGGUCCGAUUGAUAAAGUUCGAUUUGUUGAUUCUUUUUCAAUCAUGAGCGAUGGAUCUUCAUUUUCUUUGAUCACAUUCUCUUAUAAUCGAAAUAGUAGCGAUCAUAUUGAAGUGAUUCCAUUAAAUUCGAUGCUAAAUGACUUUGAAGGGCCCGCUCACGGUUGUCAAACUGCGGAAACUUUUUGGAAAGUUGAUCUGUUCAACGAAUCUGGUCCAGAGUGUAACUCUUUUUCCCAAUCAGCCAAUAUACAAGCAUUGUCAAUACGUAAAGACUUCACAGUGUAUCAUCUUACAGGUAUUCUAACGGUAAACUGGACUCGAAUAAUUGAUUUUGUUCCAUUGGCUCUCGAUGCGACUCCAGGUUAUGUUUUCCUCGUUCUCUCCUCUAACAGUGACGUCUCCAGAUAUCGAUAUUCAAUUCACUUUGUCAAUGAAAAUUAUUCUGUCUUACCCCACCCGAUCGAAAGGACGUUCGAUCAUCGUAAUAUCAACAAUCUAAAUCGAACAAUAUCACAAAUUUAUUAUCACGGUUUUAAUCAUCCACGAGUCAUAAUUACAUUUAAUCAAUAUUCUUACACCGACUCAAUUAUUUUGUGUCCAUUACUAAACAAUUCGUGUAUUGAUUGUUUUACAACCAAAGUUUAUAAUUCAAAUGGUAAUUUUCUUCGAUAUUGUCAAUGGACACGAGGAAAUUCAUUAUCAUCGGGCGAAUGUUCAAUCGGUGCUACAAAUUCUACUGAUUCGAGAGAAACUACACUCACGAAUCAAACAGUAAAUCCAUGUUUCAGUCCAACUAAUAUCCAAGCAGACUACGUUUCUGGUGAACCAACAUUUGAUUUGAACUUCGAUCUCCUUGGUUACCAUUCAAAAUAUUCCCAUAUUUUCCCUUUGACCUUCACUUUAGUCCACAAUGCAACAUACUCCUUUAUUGAAAGUUGUUCUGUUGUUAAUUAUAAUCAGUCAAAGGUUUAUCUCAACUGCAAUCGGGUGAAUUCUGGUCAAUAUCGAUUAUCGAUUCUUCUGGUUAGACGACAAGGUCCAUUUCAAACACUAGAACUUGACAACCUGAUCACUUAUAGUGAUUCUUUUACCAUCAGUUCACUGCCACUUUUUCAUGUCCUGUUGAGAAUAUUACUUAUUUGUACUAUUAUCAUCUCUAUAAUUGUAUUUUUUUUAUUUUAUACUCGUCGUACUGUGGCCAGAAAAGUUCUGGACACAUUGGACAAGAUAAAAAAUCCUCCGCCCAAAGGCUCGCUACCUGACAUAAGGAGCAAACAUAAAUCGUCAUUAGAUUCCAAAUCUAAAUUAGUAGUAACUCCAACAGUCCAUCGUAAAUCUAAAUCAGUACCAUUUUUGAAAGUGCAUUCCCGUGAAUUAUCCAGCAAAAAAAGUAAAUCAAUUGAUUUAAAAGUUUCCAAGAGCGAUCAUACAAAAUCCAAGACCAGUGUAACUCUCAAACAAUCAAAAGAAAUGAGAAAUGAGUCUCUUAAAGCAAAAUCUAAACGAUAAAAGGUCCAUUUCGAUUUACAUUGGAGAUUUGUCUCUUGUUAGGCCAAUUUUUACUCCAGUAAAUUAUACGAUCGAUGUUCCUCUAUAUUACCAUCAACAUCGAGCGAAAGAUCAGAUUAUUUAGUUCCUCUAAUUGUGACAAGCAGCGUGAUUAUCAUUAGCAGCGUUCUCUUUCACUAGUUUUUUUUGUUGUCUCAAAUAAUUAAUAGUAAUCAUGAAUAAAUAAAAUUAUAAUUAACUAUCAUUUUCUUUUGGUUUAAAGAGUUUAAAUUAACCAAUUGUUUCAGAA